CCACCGGGGUCCGAUUGUUGCAAGGUCCCUCUCCGUCACGUUCCCGCAACAGAAGAAACACCAGUGAAGGGCUGAUCGCGACCGCCAGCUGCAACCAUGAACGGCACGGAGGGACCUUAUUUCUAUAUCCCCAUGGUUAACACCACCGGCAUUGUCCGGAGUCCUUACGAAUACCCUCAGUACUACCUUGUCAACCCGGCAGCCUACGCCGCUCUGGGCGCCUACAUGUUCUUGCUCAUCCUGCUUGGCUUCCCCAUCAACUUCCUCACCCUCUACGUCACCAUCGAGCACAAGAAGCUGCGGACCCCUCUAAACUACAUCCUGCUGAAUCUGGCGGUGGCGAACCUCUUCAUGGUGUUUGGAGGAUUCACCACCACCAUGUACACCUCCAUGCACGGCUACUUUGUGCUCGGGCGUCUGGGCUGCAAUCUGGAAGGAUUUUUUGCUACCCUCGGUGGCGAAAUCGCCCUCUGGUCCCUGGUGGUUCUGGCUAUUGAGAGGUGGGUGGUGGUCUGCAAGCCCAUCAGCAACUUCCGUUUUGGAGAGAACCACGCCAUCAUGGGCUUGGCCUUUACCUGGCUCAUGGCUUGCGCUUGCGCCGUGCCUCCCCUCGUCGGCUGGUCCCGUUACAUCCCGGAGGGCAUGCAGUGCUCCUGCGGAGUCGACUAUUACACCCGGGCCGAGGGUUUCAACAACGAGUCCUUUGUGGUCUACAUGUUCGUCUGCCACUUCCUCACUCCGCUGGCCAUCGUGUUCUUCUGCUACGGCCGUUUGCUCUGCGCCGUCAAGGAGGCCGCCGCCGCUCAGCAAGAGUCCGAGACCACCCAGAGGGCUGAGAGGGAAGUCACCCGCAUGGUCGUGCUCAUGGUGAUUGCCUUCCUGGUAUGUUGGUUGCCCUACGCCGGCGUGGCCUGGUGGAUCUUCACACAUCAGGGCUCCGAGUUUGGACCCGUCUUCAUGACCAUCCCGGCUUUCUUUGCCAAGAGCUCCUCCAUCUACAACCCAAUGAUCUACAUCUGCAUGAACAAGCAGUUCCGCCACUGCAUGAUCACCACCAUGUGCUGCGGAAAGAAUCCCUUCGAAGAGGAGGAGGGCGCUUCCACUACUGCCUCCAAAACCGAGGCCUCGUCCGUUUCUUCCAGCUCUGUCUCUCCCGCGUAAAAGGGCCGUCGAUCCAGAGCAACGCGGUCUGCUGUCCAAGAAGAAGAGUUCGACCCCCCCCCGCCAGGACACGACCGAAGGCUACUGUCGACUUAAACAACUUCCUUUUUUGUAUUUUGACAAACAAGUUGGUUCAACCUAAAGACAGUUGCAGGAAAGAUCAGCCCAUACCAGAGUUGUUCCUGUUUGUACACAACAUUCAACGCUACUAUCUAUGAGAUUGUUUCUCUUAGAUUGAGGGAAAUCUAUUUGAAUCUUUCACAGUUGGAUCAUAUACGAUACCGGCUUAUCUUUGAAUGUAGAGGCAUGUAAUCAAGGCAACGUAAAAUAAAACGCACUUUGCAAAUGA